AUGAAACUAUCAAAAUGUUUAGGGAUUAUAAUAUCCUUAUUUUCUAUUACUUUAGCUACUUCAGCUUCUAAACACACAAAUAACUGGGCUGUCAUAGUAUCGACCUCCAGAUUUUGGUUUAAUUAUAGACAUAUGGCAAAUGCUUUAAGUAUGUACAGAACAUUUAAAAGAUUAGGAGUACCAGAUUCUCAAAUUAUCCUAAUGUUAAGUGAUGAUGUGGCGUGUAAUUCGAGAAAUUUAUUUCCAGGUAGUGUCUUUAACAAUAAAGAUCGUUUCCUUGAUCUAUACGGUGAAUCUGUCGAAGUUGAUUAUAGAGGAUACGAGGUUACUGUGGAAAAUUUUAUCAGACUAUUGACUGAUAGGUGGACCGAAGAACAACCACCUUCUAAGAGACUCUUAACUGAUGAAAAUUCCAAUAUUUUUAUUUAUUUAACCGGUCAUGGUGGUGAUGAUUUCUUAAAAUUCCAAGAUGCUGAAGAAAUUGCUAGUGAAGAUAUUGCUGAUGCCUUUGCUCAAAUGUAUGAAAAAAAAAGAUAUAAUGAAAUCUUUUUUAUGAUUGAUACUUGCCAAGCCAAUACAAUGUAUUCCAAGUUUUAUUCACCAAACAUUUUAGCUGUUGGUUCAAGUGAGUUGGAUGAAAGUUCGUAUUCUCAUCAUUCAGAUGUUGAAAUUGGUGUUGCCGUCAUUGAUAGAUUCACGUUUGCAAGUUUGGAAUUUUUAGAACAAGUAGAAAAGAACUCAACUUUAACUUUGAAAGAUUUAUUCGAUUCGUACACUUUUGAAAAAGUUCAUUCACAUACUGGUGUUAGAACCGAUUUAUUUGCUAGAGAUCCUAAAGAUGUCUUAAUUACUGAUUUCUUUGCCAGUGUACCUAAUAUUAUUUCUGAUGAAAAUAAUUCAGAUGAAAACACUGCUAGCAAAAAAUUUGCAGAAAAAAUUUAUAAUUUAGCACAGUCUAAUUUUGUGUCAGAAGACUUUUCAGAAACUGACAGAGAUAGUAUUUCCUCAAAGAGAUUAGCAAAGGAGGUCCAUUAUAAAAAAGCGAACAAUAACCAAGUGCAUCAAUUAAAGACAGAAUCAAAUUCAAUGAUUCGAAGUGGUUUAGCUAUAGCAACAGUUUUAGCAAUAAUAAUCUUAAGCACAUUAACUUCCAGUCAAGCUGAAUCGAAUUCAAAAUUAAGAUUAUUUUCCCCUAUUGAUACCACUGAAACUAUCCUAUAA